CGAACCUCACCUCUUCACCCAACGUUUUCCAACGUCACCACCAGUUUCAAUACGAUAUCCAAAUUGUCCUGAUAUCGGACAAUUGCUUCGUAGUAUACUGGCUCAUGGUAGCUGAUAUACUCGAUAUGCAGUUGAAGAGGUGAGGAUAUAAUGCCUGUGCGGAAAAAGCAUGGUCCGUACGAUAUCAUCGCCGACGAUGUCUACGACUGCCGUAUUCCACUCCAUAACGAACUCGCUUAUCAGCAUGGUAUUCAUUUCGAAGCAAAGUAUGUCGGAAGCAUGGAAAUUCCUAGACCCGGGACGAGAAUCGAGAUUGUGGCGGCGAUGCGACGAGUUCGAUACGAAUUCAAAGCUCGUGGUAUCAAAAAACGCCCGGUCGACAUUACCGUAUCCGUCGAUGGUGUCAAAGUUGUUCUUCAGCGGAAGAAACAGAAAGAGAAAGGUCUCUCUUGGGAUGAAUCUAAAUUACUUGUCAUGUUUCACCCAAUAUACAGGAUAUUCUACGUGUCACAUGAUUCUCAAGAUCUUCAAAUAUUUUCCUACAUUGCACGGGAUGGAGCUAGUAACACAUUUAAAUGCAAUGUAUUUAAGUGUUCUAAAAAGAGCCAGGCGAUGCGAGUUGUACGAACAAUCGGACAAGCAUUCGAGGUUUGCCACAAAGUCGCACAAGAUCAGAUGCAAGAAAAACACGAGGACGAGGCAGCGAAAAGCAAAAUAUCAAUGCAAUCUGAAGAUGAAGCAGGUCCAAAUGCUCUUGAUGUUAUUGAAGAACGUGGUGGCAGAGAGGAAGAUAGUAGAAGCUCGUCGCCUAUGGAAGCACCACCCGUCGGUGGACCACUUUAUGGGAAACGAUUAUCACUAUUUCAACCUCGAAAACCAUCUACGACAAGUUCAUCAGGCGGCACUGCAAUAGACACAACUGCAAUACCAGAGAAUGUUCUAGAAAUACCCAACACAUCGCAUCCCAUUUUGCAACCAAAAGCCCCGGAAUUAGUUCCCCAGCUUCAACCGCAGACUGCAUUACCCUAUCAACAAAAACCGCAGUCUCUAUUGAACAUUCAACAACAACAGUUCAAUACACUACCGUCGCAGAUGCCGAGCACACAAACGUUACCUUCCUUAUCUGAGAAUCCCGGCCAAUCACAUAUUCCGCGAAUGAUGACUAUGCCUCCAAACAUGCCGUAUCCAACUGCUACGCUGCCUCACCCGCGGACAUGGGCCCCACAGAUACCCUCUUAUCCAAACUCUAUGCAAUCAUUAGAGCAAAAUGUUCCUAUGUAUUAUCCACAAAUGCCGGGUAUGCUUCCUUCUUCCUCUUCGCUUCCAUUUGGACUUUCAUCACCUGUCAUGGUCUCACCGUAUGCAACACUACAAUUAAAUAUGCAAAGUCAGCAGCUCGAUCAGCCGGAUCACUCGGGCUCUCAAAUUACUAUGGAUCAGUAUAAUCAACAACUGAUGCGAUCUCAACUGGAUCAAGCUCAACAAUCGGUACAAGUCGCUGGAUGUCAAGUGCAAUUGUUACGUGAUCAACUAACGUCUGAAACAACAGCUCGAUUAGAAGCACAGUCCCGAACACAUCAACUGCUAUCUGCAAAUCGGGAUUUACUAGAGCAAGUUCAAAACUUGGUGUCUAGGCUACAAAUGUUGGAGACCAAAAUUACAAGUGAAAUUCAUCAUAGCUCAAGUCAGCCUCCCCAACAUCAACCAAUCUACCAACCAUCUACAUCUACCCCACUAAAUCCCAAGAUGCCGCUUUCAAUUGACCACAAUGAUCCAAGGAUACCAGGAAACUCAUCAAUCCGUCUCAACUAUCCAUAUCAAGUUCAACCGUUAGCUGACCUAAGAGCCGGAUCUCUACCUCCAGUCAAAGAAUCCAAAGAACGACGGAAAGAUGAAGGAACACGGACAGAACCGGAAAGUAACGCAGAAGACACAACAGACUAUUCGUCAAGUGAUCAAUAUGAAAGGACGUCGAAUGUAAUGAAACCAUCGCAUUUUAACAUUCUGAUGUCAAAUCCAUUAGUCGAUAUUAACGUGCCAUCUGGUGCAGCAAUGAGUAGUAGAAUGGAGCAGUUUGAUAUGGGUGAUACACCUGGAACUAGUUCAACUCCUCCGAAGAAGGAAAAGAAACCGUCAUCUGGAAUAUUGAGAGGGGAAAACUUUUCAAGGAUGUCCUUCAAUCCAAAACUCGGAAGAGAAAAAGAACGAGAACAACAGCAACUAAUGUUCGAAGACACAUUAGAAGAUGACAGUCCACGAUCAAUACCUCCGAGUCCGCCUUCGAAAGCUAGAAAUACAACGAUCGACUCUUUAUUCAAACCUCAAGAUGAUCCUCCUACAAUUGCUGAUCGAGAACCUCAACAACUACCUCCUCAACCAUCACAGCAAAAUCAAAAAAAGAAUACGGCGGUGAAUUUGUUAAUGCCUACAAUGCCAGCAAGCUCAUCAUUGGUUACAGCAAUGUAUCCUCCAAUGAGGCAACCUGCUGUUCCAGUUAACAAGAUCCAACCGAAAGUAGAUGUAUUCCGCAAGAAGACGCUGAAAACGCUAUCAAUGGACAUUGCCGAAGAACCGGAACCCAGUGAAAUGGAUCCCAACAGAAACAACCUUCCAAGUUCUACAAAUAGUUCGAUGAAGCGGCGAGGCUUCUUGCCGCCACCAAAUACAGAUGUGGAGAUUAAGGAAAUUGAAGAUUACAUCAACCGGAAUGUGGAUCGCUCCAAGCUACCCGAGACUUCAUUGUUAACAAGGCUCACUCGACAGGCACAGGGCGAUAACUCCUUAGGAAACUUACCGAAUGGAUAUCCGCAAUGAAACAACUGCACGACUUAUUAAAAAUAUUUAAUUAUAGGGAACAAUAUCAGCAAUUUCAUCCAACCCGAGUAGAAUUUUGCAAUUUGUGACGUAUUUAUGGACUCAUUUUCUCUAAACUUCUCUCUUCUUUUUUUUGUUUAUUUUUGUUCUUCCGAUCUCACGCACCGGUCCAUGCCCCAUUUUCCGUCAUAAAACAGCUUUGCGCACACACACGAAAAUGUAAUGUUUAAAAAUUUGCUUCAUGGAAUUUUCAGUCGAUUUCUCUCAUUUUCUCAACGCCCCUCUAUGCUUUCCAAUCGUGACAUAAAUCGAAACAUUCCUGAUUCUGUUUAGCGCUUUUAUUCCUCAAUUGUAUUGUAUGUUCGCUCAGAAAAAUGGCCUACAUGGCUUGAAAAAGAGCCGUGGAACGUAUCGAACCCCCGUUUUUCCAGCUAAUAAUUUCUUCUCGAACGCAAUUCUCGAUAUGAUUUCUUCUCGUUUUAUAAAAAAUUCCAAUAGCUGCGAUUGUGAAAUUAAUAA